AUGGCGACAGCGGCUCUCACGUCCGCCUCCUCCAAGUUCGCGACGUUCGACGGGCUGCGCGCCGCCCGCAAUGAUCGGUCCACCGUCGUCGCGUCCGCCGCUCCAUCGGCAGGCGCGUCGCCAUCGCCAAGCCGUGUUCAAGCCACCGCCACUCCCGUGCAGGCGCCGGCAGCGGGAGCGGCGAAGAGGAGCAAGGUGGAGAUAUACAAGGAGGAGAGCGACUACCUGCGCUACCCGCUCAUCGACGAUCUCAAGAACGACCUCCCCAACGUCAGCGCCGCCUCCGAGCAGCUGAUCAAGUUCCACGGCAGCUACAUGCAGGACGACCGCGAGGCGCGGCAGGGGGGCGGCGGGCGCGCGUACCAGUUUAUGAUGCGGACGCGGCAGCCGGGCGGCAAGGUGCACAACCGCCUAUACCUCGCUAUGGACGACCUCGCCGACCAGUUCGGCUCCGGCACGCUCCGCCUCACCACGCGCCAGACCUUCCAGCUGCACGGAGUGCUGAAGGCGAAUCUGAAGGAGGUGUUCGCGACGGUGAUCAAGAGCAUGGGGUCCACGCUCGGCGCGUGCGGCGACCUGAAUCGCAACGUGCUCGCGCCCGAGGUGCCGUUCGUCGACCGCCCCGCGUACCGCUACUGUCAGGAGUACGCCGAUAAGAUCGCCGCGCUGCUCGAGCCGCAGUCCGGCGCCUACUACGACGUGUGGCUGGACGGCGAGAAGGUGCUGACGGCGGAGGCGCCGACGGAUGUGGUGGAGGCUCGCGCGGACAACCGGUUCGGGACGAACAUAGAGGGCAGCGCAGAGCCCAUCUACGGCACGCAGUACCUGCCGCGCAAGUUCAAGAUUGCCAUCACCGUGCCCGGCGAUAACUCCGUGGACAUUCUCACCAACGACCUCGGGCUCGUCGUGCUCUGUGACGACGCCACGGGGCAGCUGCAGGGCUUUAACAUCUAUGUGGGUGGCGGCAUGGGGCGGUCGCACCGCAACGAGCAGACGGAGCCGCGGCUGGCGGAGCCGCUGGGGUACGUGGCGGCGGAGGACGUGCUGUACGCCGUCAAGGCCAUCGUCGCCACCCAGCGCGACUAUGGGCGCCGCGACGACCGCAAGCAGGCGCGGCUCAAGUACCUGAUCCGCGACUGGGGGAUUGACCGCUUCCGCACGGUGACGGAGCAGUACUUUGGCAAGCCCUUCCAGCCCUUCCGCCCCCUGCCCGAAUGGCAGUCCAAGCCCUACGUCGGCUGGGGCGAGCAGGGCGACGGGCAGUUGUAUUACGGGCUGCACAUUGAGAAUGGGCGCAUCAAGGGCGAGGCGAAGAAGGCGCUGCGGGCAGUGAUUGAAAAGUACAACCUGCCCGUGCGCAUCUCGGCGAAUCAGAACCUGAUGCUGUGCGACGUGCGCAAGGCAUGGCGCCCCCGCAUCACCCAGGAGCUCGCCGCUGUUGGCAUCCUCGGCAAGCAGUACGUGGAUCCGCUGAACCUGACGGCCAUGGCGUGCCCGGCGCUGCCGCUGUGCGGGCUGGCCAUCACGGAGGCGGAGAGGGGGCUGCCCGCCGUGCUCAAGCGCAUCCGCGCCAUGCUCGACAAGGUGGGGCUGAGGCAGCAGCAGGCGCACUCACUGGUGGUGCGCAUGACGGGCUGCCCCAACGGCUGUGCGCGGCCCUAUGUGGCGGAGCUGGGCUUCGUGGGCGAUGGCGCCAACUCCUACCAGCUGUGGCUGGGCGGCACGCCGAACCAGACGAAGCUGGCUCGGGUGUUUCUGGAGAAGGUGAAGGUGGGCGAGCUAGAGGCGGUGUUGGAGCCGCUCUUUGCCAUGUGGAAGGCGCUUGGCCACAAGGGCGAGUCCUUUGGGGACUUCACCAACCGCAUUGGCUUUGAGGCCAUGAAGGAGUACAUGGGCACGUACACGGCGCCAGCGGCGAGGCAGCGGGGCAUGGCGCGGCGCAUCACAGUGGACGAUGAGCUGGCGGGGCGGCUGCAGGAGGUGGCAGCACAGCGCGGCACUACUGUGGCCAAGCUUACCCGCGAGGCGCUCCUGCAGUUCCUGGCAGAGCGCAAGGAUGACUAG